UGGAAAGUUGUGGGUGUGGUUUAGUGAUGAUCAAGACAUGGGCUUCAACAACUGUUGUCUUGUGCUUCUGCAUCCUCCUCCUCACUGGUGCCUUCAUUUGCUGGAUUGACCUUUCUGUCAUUGUAGGUUCACCAAUCCAUGACAAAAUAUUCAGCAGCUGGAGUUCCCCGAAAAUCCCCAAGAAAAUCCAGGUCCCACUCAACUGCACCACCGGAAACUUGACGGAAACAUGCCCGGUAAAUUACUCCACCACAUUCCAACCUUACGACUCAUCUCCCACCUCCUGCCCCGAUUACUUCCGGUGGAUACACGAGGAUCUCCGGCCAUGGAAGUCCACAGGAAUCAGCAGAGACGCGCUAGAAAGAGCCAAGGCCCAUGCACAUUUCCGGUUAAUCAUUAUCGGCGGCAAGGCGUACGUAGAGCACUACAGCAAGCCUUAUCAAACAAGAGAUGUGUUUACAGUUUGGGGCAUUUUGCAGCUUCUCCGAUUCUACCCCGGCAAGGUUCCGGACCUCGAGCUCAUGUUCUGGUGCGAAGACAAACCGGUGAUCUUCAAAAAUAACCACCAAGGACCCAACGCCACGUUGCCGCCGGUGUUUCAUUACUGCGGCCAUGACGAUGCACUGGACAUUGUUUUCCCUGACUGGACCUUCUGGGGUUGGGCUGAGACGAAUAUAAGGCCAUGGACAAGUAUGUUGGAAGGUAUAAGAAAAGGCAGCAAGAGAAUGAAUUGGACAGAGAGGGAACCCUACGCUUUCUGGAGAGGGAACCCAGGAGUGGCUCCUUCUAGGGAAGACCUAAUGAAAUGCAAUGCUUCUGAUAAGCACGAUUGGGGAGUUCGUCUAUAUAUUCAGGAUUGGGCUAAAGAAACUGAAGAAGGGUACAAGAAUUCUAACUUAGAAGAUCAAUGCACCCACAGGUAUAAAAUUUACAUUGAAGGAGCUGCAUGGUCAGUGAGUGAGAAGUAUAUACUAGCAUGUGAUAGCAUGACAUUACUGAUUAAGCCAGACUACUAUGAUUUCUUCAUGAGAAGCAUGAUGCCAAUGCAGCACUAUUGGCCCAUUAGACCCACUAAUAAGUGCUAUGAUCUCAAGUUUGCUGUUGAGUGGGGCAAUAAUCACAUUGAUAAGGCACAAAAGAUAGGGAAAGCGGGAAGCAAAUACAUUGAGAAGAACCUGAAAAUGAGAGAUGUGUAUGAUUACAUGUUUCAUUUACUUAAUGAAUAUGCAAAGCUGUUGAAGUUGAAGCCAAGAAUACCUGUAGGAGCGAAGGAGGUUUGUUCGGAAACAAUGGCUUGUGCGAAAGAGGGUAUAGAGAAGGAAUAUAUGAUGGAAUCAAUGGUGAUGUCUCCUAGUGAUAGAGUUCCAUGCUCUCUGCCUCCUCCUUAUGAUUCUCAUGAUUUAAAAGCUUUUCUUGAGAAGCAGGAAAGAAUGAGAAGAAAAGUUGAGAUGCGAGAUGAUCAACCGAAAAGAUCUUGA